AUGAGCGAAGAAGAGGAUCCAGUAACUCACAAGUUGUAUGAUGAACUCGACGAGCUCUUGCGCAUAUUUUGCUCUGAUGCCCAACAACAGUUUUGCAUUGACCAGGAGGUGGCAAGUCGUUCGCAGCUAUAUCACAUUCAGCAAACCAUGCAGCAAGUCCAGCGUUUUAUUCCAGUAGUUGGCCUCAUUGGCAAUACCAAUGCUGAUAGUCUACGACACACAUUGACAAUGACAGCACUUGAAAUGCUUGAAUUGUACGAAACAGCUUGCCGUCAACGGCGUAUCCGGUCCCUGACUCCUUUACAAGCUGAGGAUUUAUUGAUAUCGUGGCAUGAGUUGAGCCAAGACUAUGAAGACAAAACAGCCGAACACGCUGUAUUCACACGACUCCUUGGUGACAUUUCGAACUUGCACCAUGUUUGGCGAAACGGUCCUGAGCAUGUGGAGAGCGUCGUCAUUUCACUGCUGGCAAGUCGUACGAGCGAUGUCAAUCGAGAGCAGCAGGGCAUGUACUUGGCAACAGUCGAUCGGCACAACUAUGCACGCUUAGGCCUUGGACGGCGUUGGAUUGGCACCCGACAAAUCGUAUUUGAAUGCAGGCAGAUAUCUCGAGAAGAACAGGAAAAAACGAUUGCAAGUGUGUGUCAGCGUUUUGCACGCAUCUUUAUGCAGAAUGCUCAGCAAAAUUUGGAACAGUUGGAAGCUCAACGUCAAAUGGCUCGACCUACUGCACUCGCAGCCAAAUUGCGCCAAUUCUACAGCAAGGUUUUUUAUCCUCUCACAAACAACAAUAACAACAACAACAGCAGCAGCAAUGGUCAUCACAACACUACACCCAUUGCCAUGGCAACAGCUGAACACAAAGUGACACCAUUUCGCUUAACGACUGGUACAAUAACGAGAUCUUUCAUAUGGUAUCCUAGCGACGAGGAACAAGAAGAAGAUAGCAACAAUAACGCAUACCAAGAACGCAAUGAGCACCAUAACGACGAUGAUGAUCAACAUGCUGAUAAGCGUUCAUGCAACAACAAUAAUAACAGCCAUCAUCAGCCUAUCAUUGGUACGAUACCAACACCAUCAUUUAUACCUGCACCGUGGCAAUGGCCUGACAUGCUUAAACCAAGGACACCUUACCAUCCGCAUUUGUUUGGAUUGAUGCGUGGACAUGACAAACGAGCAGGAUCAGCAGCACCCUUUGCCACUGUUGCAGUGCAUCAGUUAUGUGGUCAUUUGAGCCGUGUUGGUCAACAAUUCUAUGAAGAUGUCACCAACAAUGCCAAACUCGGAUAUCAUCAAGAUUCGCGUGUGUUGCAGGGCAUCGGCAUGGAUCUUGUUGAAAUGUACAAGUGCUUACAACUAGAAUUAUCAAGGCAAGCAAUGCAACAGGUCAUGGCUAUUGUUCAACAACUUCAUCCUUCCACCCUUCCUCAUCCUCAUCCACCAAUUCCCACCGCUACGACUACUACCACUACAACCACUUCUUCGUCCUUCAUCCACCAACAACAACAACCGGAUAAUACCACCCAGAGUACUCAUCACACCCAUUCAUAA